GCGGCUCGCGGGCAGUGGGCGUGGCGUGCACCCCUCCCUCCUCCUCGCGAUGUCCUCCUCGGCGCGGUCUUCGCCUCCGACGCCGGUGCAGAUCCGGGAGGCGAACGCACACUUGGCGGCGCUGCACGGGCGCGUGGCCGAGCUGGAGCGGCGCCUGGCGGUGGCGGAGCGCACAGUGCGCGGGCAGGCCGAGAGCCUCAUCCGGAAGGACGCCGAGAUGCGCCGCGCCCUGACGGGGCUCCGCGAGUCGCAGGACAGGGAAUUGGCCAUCUUGGAAGAGAAGCUGCAGUCCUCCGAGGACCGAGCCCAGGAGCUCCUCAGCGUGAUCCAGGAAAAGGACAGCCUGAUCCAGGAGCUGCGACACAGGAGCCGGCUGCUGAGCGAGAUCUGCCGCACCCGCCCUGUCCUGGAGAACCUUUUGGCAUACAUGGCUGAAGGGGAACAGCUGAGCCCCGUCCUCGGGGCCCGGAGUGGGGCCAGCUCUCCGGAUCACAGCCUCGUGCUGGAGACGAACUGCACCCUGGACCACGAUCUGGACGCCACCAAAGACUUCUCCCUCGGGGACGAUGACCCGGAUUCCGACAAGGCUCUGUUUGGGACGACGGUGUAAAGGCCGGCUCUCGGACAUGUUGGGCGGGAGAAGAAAACCCUCUUCAGGUUCAGAGCGGGGUAGGGGGCUGCCCCUUUGCCACCCGGGGAUGUGCAACCUCUGUAAGCCUGAGAUAGAAAAUUACUGGUGGGUGGGUGAGCGUUACCGCUCUUGGCUUAAUGAAGUUGCUGACAACAGACCAAUCCCUGUCUUUGGCUCAGGUACAAUCAACCCUCCACCUUCCUGCAACCCCUCCUGAGGGUGUGAGACACUCUGGGUCUUUAGGAGAGGCAGCUAUCCACAGGGGGGGGGGGCGCUACCCCUCACAGCAGCUGCAUUAACAUUGCUUGAAAGAGUUUCCCAGUUCCUGGUGGUGGUGGUGGUCAGGGGUGUUUUUCCAUUUCUCUCGUUUAUUUCUAUCCAUAAUCUGCAGGGAUGGCUCAUUUAGGGACAGAGCGUCAUAAUUCUUAGCUGCUGCUAUAGGCCUCUCCUGACAGUGCCGGGCUGACUCUUGAAAUGGCUCGAGCUGAAGAGUGCUUGUGCAGGCAGCUGGGCCUUCCUUCAUAGAGGGGCGUCUCGCAGGGAUUCCGGGCUCUCAUACACCAGCAUCAAACACUUGUAAGGGAAACCUUGAAUCCAGGUGGACCCUGCCAGCUGCCUCUCUGUCUGCAUUGGCUUGGCCAGAGGAAUCUGAUCUAGUUCCCUCCUCCUUCCUUUUUUCAUCUAGCCUGGUCAGAUACAAGUGUGGGACGCUUUUCUUUGUUUUAAACAACAUACACACACUCUCUCCUUCUCUUAAGGGUGGCUUAUUAAACCCCGUAACCCGCUUAUAGCUUCUUCUGCCAGUCGGGAUUGCUUUCUGGGAGGAUUCCUGUUUUGAGACGGUUAAAUUGCCGGAUUUCUCCCCUUGCAUCUUGGGUGGAUGAACCAAGAAUUUGCAGCUUUGAAAGCUGGUGCCAUUCGCUUCAGGCAGGAAAGGAAACGCAGUCAACGUUGGGUUUAUAGUCUCUGGUUCUCUCUGCAUCUCGGGGGUACCUGCUCCCUCAACUAAGCACCCCCUAAACAGAGGAGGAAGUGGGAAGGGGCUUUAGUGCAAUGGCACAGCACCGGCUUCACAUGAAAAAGGUCCCCAGCUUGAUCCCUGGGGGCGGAAUCUCCAAAUAGGCCUGGGAAUGUCCCGUCUGAAAUCCUGGAGAGCUGUUGCUGAUUGGGGUAGACAACACUAAGCCAGAUGGAUACGGCUGCCUCAUAUUUUCCUAUGCUGCUUGGCUGGUCUUAUUGGCUCCACCCGGAGCUGGCCAACAGUCAAACAGUUGUGCAGGAUGGCAAUCUUGAUUCCUGUUUUUUUCCCCCUUUGGAAUUGGAGAAAUAUCGCUUUGUUUUUAGAAGAGUCCUAAUACGAAGAAACAACACGUUAAAUUAUGUCAGUGCUCUCUCUCACUUAAAUAAAAAACUAACAAUGUGCAAUACAAGUGGGAACCGGCUACACAAUGUUGCAGUGUGUGGUUCCCUGCCAUUCGCUGUUCUGGCCAGCCACCACUGCUGUUCUGCUUGAUCACUCCAUUCCGUUGUGCCUCCUCGCCCUACAACACUCAGCCAGGAUGCCAUUGCGUCCGAGCAAUACAUUUUGGGUGCUUCUGCAAACAUUGCAAGCUCCCUGAAGCCUGCUGCCCCCUUCCUCUUUUGCAUGGACAGGGCUUUUUUUUUUAAAAAAAAAAUAAGGCUUGAUAAGGGUGGACGCUCGCCGCCUGAAUAUCGAAAAUAGAGGGAACAGCCGUGAAUUUUUUCUCUUCUGCCAUUGCAAAUCAGCAAAAACAGAUCUGACUCCAUUUUGACAGGCUGGCUCCCUUUUACUGCUGGAGGUCACUAAAUGUUAGAGGUCUGGAAUUCUGUUGCUUCACUGGGAGAGGAGAGUGCUCUGAUGUCCAGGUGCCCUUGCAGGGAAGCGGCAGCAAGCUGAAUCAGGUUAAGUUCAGCAGUUCAGAUUGUGGAAGUCACAAAUUGCUUCAGUGCAAACUAAGAGCAGGCCAACAGGUUGACCCUAGUGGCAUCUUAUGGAGCUGCCUUGUAAUUUUGGACAUCCUCAUUGCCGUCCCAGUUAAGGAAGGGGCGUAGCUCACUGGUAGAGCAGAAGGUCCCAGGUAUCUCCAGGCAGGGCUUGGAAAAAUCUCCCUUCCUGGAACCCUGGCGAGCCACGGCCAGUCAGUAGAAACAAUAUUGAACCUGAUGGAACAAUGCUCUCGACUCGCUAUAAGGCAGCUUUCUAUGUUACUGGUUAAAUCAGCCUUUCUUCCUGAACCCUGAGGACUAGAAUCUUACUUUAUUUUUAAGGGAAGGACCAUAGCUCAUUGGUAGAGCACCUGCAAAAGGCUACAGGUUCAAUUAUGUUUAUAUGAAAUGUACUUGUGUUUGGUUGUAAGUCGCCCAGAGUGGCAGAUUAACCUCUGCCAGAUGGGCAUCUAACAAAUCUCAUAAACAAAUAAAAUAAAUCAUCUCUAGGUAAGGCUGGGAAGUCAACAUUGAUGAUACUUAGCUAGAGGGAAGAAUGACCUUGGCUCGGUCUAAGGCAGCUUUCUGUGUUGCACCUUGGUGAACCCUCAGUUCUUGCCAAGCCUCCGUCUGUGUUUCUGUCCACCUUCUGUGCUCUGCCCCAUUUCCAGACUUGUUCAGGUAUCCCAGAGUCCAGGUCCUUGACACAGAAGCAACCCCAGCUGAACGCGGCAGGACUUCGCAUCUGAGCAAACGUGUUCGGGAUCAUUCCGUUUCCCCUUAACGACUGUUACUGUGCAAGUUAGUUCCUCCGCGGUCAAAAGCGCCUGGUUAACCUUCAAGUGCCUGUUGGGAUUUUGUUAUGCCACUUUCCUCACUGAUGACAAAGUAAUAAAACAUA